CCAAAUUGCCAUUUUGCAUAAAAGAAGCCCGCAGCCCCCUUCUCUUCCGCCAUUGCCUCGAUCGGAUUCUCUUCUUUUUAUCGAAUCACUUCCCUGACUCUUCUCUCUCUCAAAUUCUCCUUCUCUCUCUCUAUACGCCAGGAAGAAAAGGAAUGAUUCUGCUCGUGAGUCUUCCCUGAAUUCCACACCGUCUCUCUGCUCGCAUUCACCACUGAAACUUAAAUUUCUCAGAGGUUAUUUGAUCUUCUGAGUUCCAGGCAUUUAUUUUUUUGGUGUUUUCUAUGCAUCUUUUGUUCACUCAACUGGGUUUUCUUCUGUCUUGAGUUGGUUAAUUUUCAGGAAGAACCCCAUGCCUUAAUUGCUCAGUUAGUGGGAUAUUAAACAUCCAGAUUAGGGAAUAUGGGGGUCCAGAGUUCUAAAAUAGAAGAAGAUAAAGCUUUGCAGCUUUGUCGUGAAAGAAAGAAAUUUGUAAGGCAGGCACUUGAUGGGAGGUGCUCACUGGCAGCAGCUCAUGUUUCAUAUGUGCAGUCACUGAAAAAUACAGGAACUGCUCUAAGGAAGUUUAUUGAACCUGAAGCUCCACUUGAAUCUUCAUUGUACACUUCCACUAAUGCAACACCUGAGCCUCUUGCUUUAACUGAGAAGUCCAUUUCACAUUUCUCAAUCUCUUCUAGGUCUCUAUCACAUCCUGUGGAUGCAACAGAAAACCUUUCUCCCUCACCAUCUCCCCCUAGCUCCAGUCGGUUUCAAGCAAAUUACAUGAAAUUUAGGGGGUUUUCUUCGAAAAAGGUUGAAGAGGCCCCUCCUGUAGUUGUUACAGGGACUGUAACCUCUUCCAGUACUCCACAGAACAUCACACCUCGUUCCACUGAAAAACCUGAAUCAUCGCCAUUUGAAGCUUCUUCUGUCCCACCAGGAACUCCACCAUGGGAUUACUUUGGACUUUUUCAUCCAAUUGAUCAUCAGUUUUCAUCUCAAGAAGGAAGAGAAAUGAAGUCAGGUUUAGAGAAUGUUGAUGACAUAAGACAGCUUAGGGAAGAGGAGGGAAUUCCUGAGCUGGAAGAUGAAGAAGGGGAACAUUCAUUUCAUGCAAGUGAAGAAUUUGAGGAUUCAGAAGAUGAAUUUGAUGACCCUCCUGCAGAUACUUUAGUUCGAAGUUUUGAAAAUCUUAAUAGGGUACAAGAUCAUGUUGCACCUAGUGCAUCUCCUGCCAUGCCUGCUGGAAGUGUAAAUUCUGAAACUGAGUUAGUAAAUGGGGAGAAAAGUAACUCUCCAGAUUUGUCACCGCUGAGAACUCCAUCCCCAGCUGUGGCUGUUUCAUCUGAAACAAAGAAAAAACCUGUAAAAGAAGAGCGAUCUGAAAGCAAGGUUUCCCCAAAGGACUUCUUUUCAAGCAUAAAAGACAUUGAAUAUCUCUUCAUAAAAGCUUCAGAGGCUGGGAAAGAAGUUCCGAGGAUGCUUGAAGCAAAUAAGUUGCAUUUCCGUCCAAUAUUCCCAGGAAAAGAAAAUGGAUCACUGGCAUCAACGUUCCUCAAGGCUUGUUUCUCGUGUGGGGAAGACCCUAGUCAAGUUCAAGAAGAACCUGCUCAAAAUUCUGUGAAAUACUUAACUUGGCAUAGGACAACAUCUUCACGAUCAUCUUCAUCCAGAAAUCCUCUUGGAUCAAAUGCUAAGGACGACUCUGCAUCUGCGGAUCUCACUGCUAAUAUUUUUGAAAAUUUUUGCAUGAUCUCGGGCAGUCAUGCUUCGACGUUGGAUAGGCUAUAUGCUUGGGAGAGGAAACUUUAUGAUGAAGUAAAGGCUAGUUGGAUGGUCAGAAGGGAAUAUGAUGUCAAACGCACAAUCCUUAGACAACUGGAAUCAAAAGGAGAAAACAGCAACAAAAUUGAUAAAACUCGGGCUGUUGUUAAGGAUCUACACUCUAGAAUCAGAGUUGCAAUUCACAGAAUUGAUUCCAUAUCAAAGAGGAUUGAGGAAUUGCGGGACAAAGAGCUUCAGCCACAACUUGAGGAAUUAAUUGAUGGGCUAAGCCGGAUGUGGGAGGUGAUGUUUGAGUGCCACAAGCUUCAGUUCAACAUUAUAUCGGUAGCAUACACCAAUGGGACCGCCAAAAUCUCUAUACAGUCAGAGUCGCAUCGGCAAGUUACCAUUCUUCUAGAGAAUGAACUUGAUUCUCUGUCAUCAUGUUUUGCAAAGUGGAUUGGUUCUCAGAAGUCUUAUCUCCAGGCUAUAAAUGAAUGGCUUUUCAAAUGCGUAUUGCUUCCAGAGAAACCAACAAAGAAGAAAAGGAAACAACCAAACCCUUCGUUGACUUUGAGAAGAAAUGGCCCUCCAAUAUAUGUCACCUGUGGUGCCUGGUUGGAGAAACUCGAGGCCUUGCCUGCAAAGCAGGUUGGGGAUGCAAUGAAGGGUUUGGUAGGAGAAACUGCUCACCUUUUACCUCGCCAAGAAAAGAACCAAGGGAAGAAUGCAAACCUAGGAUCAUGGAAGGCUGAUAACGGCAGUGAUUCAGGAAUUAAUAUGUUGAGAGAUGAAGCUUCAGAAGACUGUAUUUCAGGUUUUGAACAUUUUCAAUCAAGCUUGGAGGGAUUUCUUGGUCAGUUGAAUAACUUUGCAGAGUGUUCUGUGAGAAUGUAUGGAGAACUCCAGAAAGCCAUCCGAGACGCUAAGAAUCCCCCACCCCAAUAUCCACUAGAACCACAAGUAGUUUAACUGAAAAAAAAUGGUUGCAGAAAGGGCAGAAUUUCAUUGGUGCAGCAGUAUGCAGAAUUAUGAUACAUGAAGGAUUUUGCAGAGUUCAGUUGGAUGUGGCAUUUUAUACACGAGGAAAGUAAUAAAAGAGCAUAUGGAAGCCAUUCAUGAUACAAAUGAAAUGAAGGAGCUGAUAAUAAUUUGGGAGGGGAGUUGUUUUUGGUGGUGUUAAAAUAGAGUAAAAAAAAGAAAAGAAUAUUUAACAGGUCCUGUAUAGUUUCCCCUAGACCUUAUCAAUUUUUCGUAGUAUCUGCAGCAACUCGGAUCAAAUUACACUUACAGUCAAAUAUAAGUGCAUGACACUAUAGUAAACCAACUAACAAAAGCUGAAUCAUAUUGUUCUCCCUGGAGUCAUGCUUCAACUAACUAAUCUUGCUUCUUCGAUUCUUGCUCAGACUGCUCCUGUGUCACGCAUAACAUCUAAUGUUUUAACUCUAUGAUUAAAAUAAAAAAUUAAAAAAAAAAAAAAAAA